ACCACAUUCCUCCCUCCAUUCCAAAUCUAAAUCUUGACCCUUUGAUUAGAUCAAACCCCAAAAUUUCCCACCAACCUUUAGACUUUACCACUACCCUAUCUUCCUCUCCUCCUUCACUCCCUUAGAUCUCAACCCAUUAGGCCAAUAUGCUCCAAAACUAGCCACCCCCUUAUAUUUUCUUGAAAUGUUAUUGAGUAUUUAGUACACAAAAAUAGUAGUACCACAUUCUUGAGUGUUAAAGAUUGAAUCUUUAUAGUAAAGAUUGAAACUUUAUAGUGUGGAAAGUAGUACUAGACCAUUGUAAUGGUGGAAGCUCAGUCAUGGACAACCCGAAGGGGAAGCAAUCCAAGAUUGGAAUCACCCCAAGAUCAAGUCUUGGAUAUGCCAGUAACCCCAACUGCUGAAAUUAGACAGCAGCAAUAUUCCAAUGGUGGUAUAUCUUCUUUGGUGUCACCAAAUAUACUUACUGCUCUUAUUAUUGCUUCUUGGUACUGUUCCAACAUUGGUGUCUUGUUGCUCAACAAGUAUUUACUGAGUUUUUAUGGCUUUCGUUACCCAAUAUUCUUGACCAUGUUGCAUAUGUUGUCAUGUGCUACUUAUAGUUUAGUUGCAAUUAAGUGGCUGGAAAUUGUGCCAUUUCAACAAAUACAUAGCAGGGAACAGUUUUUCAAGAUUCUUGGUUUGAGUGUUAUCUUUUGUUUCUCUGUGGUUUGUGGUAAUACUUCAUUGAGGUAUCUUCCUGUAUCGUUUAAUCAAGCAAUUGGUGCUACUACUCCAUUUUUUACUGCUAUUUUUGCUUUUGUGAUUACUUGUAAGAAAGAAUCUGCUGAGGUUUAUUUGGCUCUUGUUCCUGUGGUUCUUGGUAUUGUUUUGGCUAGUAAUAGUGAGCCAUUGUUUCAUUUAUUUGGGUUCUUGAUGUGUAUUGGUUCAACUGCUGGGAGAGCUUUGAAAUCUGUGGUUCAAGGGUUGCUUUUAACAUCUGAAGCUGAGAAAUUACACUCAAUGAAUCUGUUAUUAUACAUGGCUCCAAUGGCGGCAAUGAUUUUGCUUCCUUUUACGCUAUACAUAGAGGGAAAUGUAGCAGCAGUUACAUUGGAGAAAGCUAAGGGAGAUGGAUUUAUGGUUUUCUUGUUGAUUGGUAAUGCUACAGUUGCUUAUUUGGUAAACUUGACUAAUUUCUUGGUUACAAAACACACAAGUGCAUUGACACUACAAGUUUUGGGGAAUGCCAAAGCUGCUGUGGCUGCAGUUGUGUCAGUUUUGAUAUUCAGAAAUCCAGUGAACAUUAUGGGAAUAACAGGAUUUGCUGUGACAGUAAUGGGUGUGGUGCUUUACAGUGAGGCAAAGAAGAGGUCUAAAGUAAUAGCACACUGAUGAUGAUUUGUGUGAAAGAUUCAGUCUUGAUGAUGUAAAAGAAAGUUACAGUAUUACCACGGGUGCGGCUCUUUUUUUACUCUGCUCUAUGCUUCUUUACCUUUUCAUUGUUUGGUCUAAUUAGAAUUCAUUGAUCAAGGUGGGGUGGUUGGGGGAUUUUU